UAUCAACACUGUUGACUCUGGACACCAUCCUAGGAAUGUCCCACUUCACUAAUUGGAAGUUCUCCCAAGUAAGCAAAAGCUUGAUGCCACAAGACAAUGUCAGAGUUCCCCAUGAGAAGAAAAAGGAGAACAAGAAGCAAGACGAUCUGCCCGAAGACUGGCCCUUGCCUGAUGGGCAGAUGCUGCCGAAGGGGGAAGUUGCCCAGGUCUUUAAGGACAAAGCAAAAGACACAGGAGGUGACAAGGCUACUAAGGAAGGCCCAUCUCUAGGCAGAACGCAACCAAGAAAAGAUGCCAAGGCCUGGAAGCUGCCGCUCCCACUGGGACCUGUUUAUCCACUAUUAAUCUCGAAUUUGAGCACCACCAAAGCUGUGGGACGAAGCUGGGACUUUUCUCCUCCAAUAGCAAAAAGCUUACGAAUACGUGACGGCCCCUUCCGGCACUUCAUGGACAUGAAGGCAGAGAAGAGACUGGCCAGCCGGAAGGAGCGCCGCAGUCACUUUGGAGACAUCAACGUGCACAAGUGCUAUCGGUUUGGGCAGAUCUUCUCCCCUUUCCAGGCCCUCGCCACAACGGAGAUGCAAAGACUGGUGUUUCCCCGAGACCUGCCCAUGAGUCCACACCUGCAGAGAAUGGGAAUUUCCUGUACCGCUGAAGGGAAUCUCCAGGAUUUAUCCUUGUCUUCCACAGAGCUGGGUGUGAGAAAGGAUGACAGCAACCACGAGAAAGAGAAGCCAGCGAGUCACAUUAAAAUGCCUUUAUUCCCCCCAAUAGUUAAAGCAACAAAAUCUAAUGACAUGAAAUAAUAAAAAUUUUAAAACUG